CAUUUUCUACCUAAAACAAAGCGAUUAUCAUUAAGAUAACAAUUUUAGAUUAAAUAUUUGAUUAGACAUAAAUGUUGAGUUCUUAAAAUCAUAACCUAAUUGUUCCGUGCCGUCAAAAUCGGUGGAAAAAUGUCAUCGAAAUUUUUCCGGUGGUUUCUUUCUGAAGAUGGCAGAAAAUUCUCGUUUUACGGGGCCAGCGUGGUUUCAACCAGCGUUAUGGUUCUCUCAUUUUUGCCUCACACAAUUUUCUUGGAACAUUACAAAGAUUUAGUGCAAUUAUACAAAAAAGGUGUGUCCGUACCUGUACCUCAAAAACUAAGAGAUCGCUUUAAAAAGACAAUCGAAUUAACAGGGGUCCACCCAUUAGACAAAGAAUUAUUCAAACCCUUUUCAGCUUAUGGAUUUGAUAUAUUCAGUGCUGGAAGUGUUUACAGCAAGUUUGGGGUUUACGUUGGUUUGCCAGCAAAUUUUGUGUAUGAUAAUGUGAACCAAAUAGAAAGAAACAUAAUCAAAAUUAACAAUGAGUCAGUACAGUGGGAAACUGAGGAAGCACAAUCUCUCCUAGAUUCUUUGGUGCUUUCUGAAAAUGCACAAAUGUAUGCCAUGGCAAGAGAAAUAAAGUUCAGACAAACUUCAAAACCAAUUUUGGAUAUUUUCUUGGCAACAGGAAGCUGUUUGGCUGCUUAUGGACUUGGAAGUAAAAUUAAUAAAAAAUUCAACAUGUAUGUUAAACCUCUUCCAAUCAGAGUUUGUUUAUAUUCAUUGGUGCUUGCCUUUGUUGGUGGCAAUUAUAUAAUGUGUAAAGACUUUUCUCAACUUUACAAUGAAGAAUCGAUAGACAAAGAAUUAAGUAAAAUACCUGAAUUAGCUGAAGGGGGAAAAGAAUUUUACACAAAGGUGUUGCAAAGAAAUAGGGCUUUAAGAGCACUAAUGGGCAAAGAUGGUGAAAGAAUGUAUAGUGUGACUGGAAAUGAAAAUUAUUUGUUUAGAAUUAGACAUGUUCCACUGAUGCAGAGAAAGUCCUUUUUUGAAGCACCCCAAAAUGCUUAAAUGACUGAUAGAAUAGUAAUUAGACCCAUAACAAAUUUGUAGUUGUGUUUGCAUAAAACAGUUCAUGUUAAAAAAUGUACAAAGAAAUUAUAAAUAAAUUUAUUAAAGAAG